ACUCACUUGUCAUUGACUCUCAGUCUCCAAUAUAUUGUUGUAUUUCUGUGAAACAAGAUUUUAAUAGUUUUCAUAAUUUUCAAGUUUAAGUUAUGUGUAACGUAAAAAUUACAUAUUUUUUUUCCUUUUCGCCAUUUACUAUGUGUCUCCUGCUUUGUCAUUUCCUCCAUGUAUGGAAGGCGGCCAGAAGCAUCCCCCAGGGUCGGAGUGGACAAGUGUGGUCAAUGGAGAGUGUAAGGGAUGGAGUUGUUCAGCAACAGGUGAACUCUCCAUGUCGGAGUGUCCACUAUACAGCCUACUAGAAGGCUGCUACUUGACUCCAGGAGAUCUGACCAAGAACUACCCCGACUGCUGCCCCAAGCCGUUCUGUCCGCCGCCGCUAUAGGGCGAGCUGAAUACAGAGUUUAGAAUACAAACAUUAGCAAGUGUCAUACAAGUUUAACAAGUUGUGUAA